AUGGGAGGAACAGAAAUAUAUAUGUCGAUAUACCAAAACAAGCCUCCUGGAUAUGAUUUAGCUCAUGUCCCACACAUAGGAAAUUUGUCAACCAAGCAGCUGUAUUUGCAACUGAGGGGACAGUUCCAAAAGGUUAGUUGGCGGAAACUGGUGUGCAAUAACAGAGGUCUACCUAGAUGGACAUUUAUUCUGAGGCUGGCUGCUCUAGGUAGGCUAAGCACUAGGGAUAGACUAUACAAAUGGGGAAUACAAACUACUGGGAUUUGCCCUCUAUGUGAAGUAGAAAAUGAAAGCAUUCCUCACCUGUUCUUUGCUUGCACAAUUUCUGCCCAGGUGUGGAGGAAUUUAUUGCUAUGGAUUGAUGUUAAUCGAGCACCUAUGAUGUGGGAUGAUGAGCUCCUAUGGGCCGAGCAACAUGCUAAAGGUAGAAGUCCAAAGGCUGAGAUGUAUAGAAUGGUGUUAGCUGCUGCAGUUUACUUUGUUUGGAAGGAGAGAAAUUUCAGAAUUUUUCAAAAUAAGAGGCAGUCUACCACAAGCAUGAUCAAGCAAGUGAUUCAAGAGGUACAUAUUAAAGCAACGAAGGAUGCCAAACUCAUUACUUGGCUGGAAAACCACAACUUUUACCCAGUUUGCUAG